AUGGCUUCGCCCUCUGGCGAGCCGGGCGGUCCAGACGCGAGUGGACGCGCGUGCCUCACAGACCUCGCGACGAGGGCGCGGGCUUCGCGAUUCAGCGAGAGGAGCGUCUCAGAGAGGGGACAGCGUGGAGAGAGAGGCAACGUGGAAGGACCAGGGGAGGAGGGUUGGGGGCACGAGGCGAGGGGAGACGCGGCUGCAGGGAUCGAAACAUUUUCGGCAUCCUGCGAAGACUGCAACGCCACGAGGCGUUCAACCGAGAGCGAGAAGGUGGACGAGGAUCUCGGCGAUGAAGAAGCCGCUGACGAGCUGGCGUCGGGAAGCGGCUUCUUCUUUGCUAGGAAUUCUGCCUCGCUCGUCUCUUCAGUUCGCGGAAACGUGGAUCUUUUCAGUUCUUCACUGCCGGACGAUUUCCGAUCUGAAGCGCGAAGCAUCUCUUCUGGAUCGCCGCCCACGGCGCCGCCUUCCCGUCACCCGCCCGCGAUAAACUCGGGUGUGUCUUCCUGUCUCUCCUCGUCUUCGGCCUCUUCCUCGGCAAGUUUCCCGCCUUCCUCCAGUGCGUCUCGCGCAGUCUCCUCGACAGGGCCAUCUACAGAGACUCAGCACGAGUGCGAACCGUCGUUUUUGGAUUUCCCGCUCUCUCCGUCCUCCGCCUCUUCUCUCGCUUCUUCCUCUUUGCAGCCUUCCGUUAGCGUCUCUGGUUCUAGCCUUUUCUCUUCUUCCGAAGGGAUGGAUGCACUAGGCGCGUCUGCGGUUCCCCUUCUCUCGAGCACUCCCGCCGGCGACGCUGCUGGAGCGUCUCCUGUGCCGUCCCCGGCUGGCGCCGCAACUUCCUCCCCCCGCGCCGAAGACCCGUCGAGCGUCGCUUCUGUGCUGCCUUCCUCGGCUGUCUCGAAACCCCGGCCGUUGUCUGUGGGCCUCGCGCGCCCAACUCCCUCGCGUGCUCGCGCCCCCGCGGACGGACGUCUCGCAGAAGGAGAGACAGAAAGCGUCCCUUCGACGCCAGUGCAGGACGAGAGAGGAGAGAGAAGAUACACCUCGGAAGGCGACCCGCGGAACGAAGCGGGUUCUCGGAAAGAGAGAGAUGGCAACGAGGAGGCGAGACGGCUGGUCUCCGGAUUCGCCGUGAGCACUUGCGACGCAGAGAUGAACGCUGUGCAGGCGCCACAGGGGCCGUCGAGGUCCCAGCUGCAUGCGGAGAGCGCGGACGCGGAGGUGUUAGUCGGGGCGGCGGCGCUGAGGAAGCAGUUCUCGCACGCGCAUGCGGGUGACCCCUAUUCGACUUCUGGUCUUUCGUGUGCGUCUUCCUCCGUUGUGCCGUCUCCUCGUCGCUCGCCGCCCGCCUUUCCCGCGUCUACGGCCGCAUGCGCUUCCAGGGAUCCCUCCCCCCCGCAGCUGCACGGGGCAGGGGAGUCUGCAGGCGAGGGCGAGGGACCCGCCGAGAACGAGAGAGGCGGACCACGGGUUCAGCCUGCGUCUCUGGCUGGUCGGCGAGGCCGGUCGGAAGUGGCGGAGGACGAAGGAGCAAAGAGAAGAAGAGACGCGCACCAGGACGUCCGAGGAGUCCUAGAGGAAGAAGCUGGGAAAGGGUCAUCCGACGGCUGCGAAGAUUCUCAGAGAAGCACUCUACGCAGUGCCGCAAGCAGCGCGCUGUCCUGGGCAGAAGGCAGACUUCGCUGGUUUGUGGGGCGAGACUCCGCGAGCGAAAGCGAGCGCGGGUUGUCGGGAUUUCACGGAGGGCGGGAGCCGAGUUGCCCCGCUGCGUCAGAUGUGCAUACUCCGAGACGAAGACAACGCGAGGAAAGCGCGGCAGAGGACACCCAGUCGCCAGUGGGGUCCGCCGACGAUGGCGAGAUGCCGCGACGAGGUCUUGCGUCCAGUCUUGUGGAGAGCAGGCGAGAUGCGCUUUCGGGCGCCGGUCGCGCGCGUCCUUCCAGCUCGUCGGCCUCUGCGGCGCUUCAGAUGGACGAAGAGGCGCCAGGCGGGAGCGAAACAGAGAGCGAGAAGAGGACCCGGGAGGGGGAGAGGGACGAUGAUGCCGAGAGCGUGGAGGAGAUGGGGAGUCACCACGCAGCGAUCAGCAUCGAUAGCGGCGACGAAGACGAUGUGGCAGUCGUCGACGCGGCCGGCGAGGGGACAGAAGGUCGAGACGCGGAUGCCCUUGACCCGCGAGAGGGCGAAGAAGAGAAGGAAGAAGAGGAGUCCGAUGGCACGAGUCGAGUGUCUCCCCGCGCCCCUGAAACCGCUGCCGCGCCGGGCACCGAGGGGCGGGCAGUCCCGGCGUCGCGGCCGGAGGGCUUCAGCGACGACGACCUCGAGGAGGUGGAAGAAGACGGAGACGAUUUGGAGAUUAUUGCCGUGGAAGAAGACGACGCUGUUGAGUUUAUCAGGGAAGACCAGAACCGUGUCCCUGCGCGUCGGCUGUUUGCGGCGGAGGCCUUCGAGUUCCCCCGUUUGUUUCCGCCUCAAGGGGCGACACGGAGUUCCCCUUUCGCGUCUCCAGGGCCAGGUGCGGUGUGUCUCUCGAGCCCAGAAGCCGCGCCGCAGCCUGAGGACGACGUGCACGUGCCGCGGUGCGCCAUCUGUCUCCUCAAUCUGAAAAGGAGACACACGGACGUUUUGCGUCUCAUGGAAGAGCGCGAACAAGAAGAAGGGAAGGCGAGCGCCGGGGGCGGGUCGGGAGAAGGCGAAGCGGAAACGAGUGGCGCGCGAGACGAAGAGGCGACGGUGUCUCCGGCCCCCCGGGGAGACCCGCCCAGUACGGCUGGCGAGGGCGAAGGACGCGAAGAGACCCAGACGGAUCCGGUGCCAGGCGACGAAGGCGACCGGAGUCCGGGGGGUGGGAGGGGACGGGGGCGCAGGCGACGGGGCCCGAGCCGCGGGAGGGGCGAGAAAACCGCGGCGGACAAGGCCGCGCAGCGAAAGAAGUACACGGAGAAAUUCCGCUCGCUGUACUCUCCUGAAGAUCGGGAUCAAACGAUGGUGACGAUUUGCGGCCACGUCUUCUGCAAAGGCUGCCUCGAGCACGCCCUCAUGCUCAAGAAGGAGUGCCCGGUGUGCCGGCGGAAACUCCACGGGUCUCGGCAGUAUUUCCCCGUUUUCUUCUGA